GUCAAUAUAGGAAUUUUAUGAAGCCCAAGCUCUAAAUAAAGAUCCAGCCCAAUCAAACUAGCACAAAACCGUGAGCCGCAGCUUUCACCACCACCGUGAACUAGGGGGUUCAUCUUCUCUGCACUCAACCCAGCAACAAUGGUUGCCGCCAAGAAAACCAAGAAGACCCAUGAGAGCAUUAACAACAGGCUCGCUCUGGUGAUGAAGAGUGGCAAAUAUACUCUAGGUUACAAAACUGUUCUCAAAUCACUGAGAAGUUCCAAAGGGAAACUGAUUAUCAUUGCCAACAAUUGCCCACCUUUGAGGAAGUCAGAGAUUGAGUAUUAUGCUAUGUUGGCAAAGGUUGGAGUUCAUCACUACAAUGGGAACAAUGUUGAUCUGGGCACUGCAUGCGGCAAAUACUACAGAGUGUGCUGCCUCAGCAUUAUCGAUCCUGGUGAUUCUGAUAUCAUAAAGACAUUGCCCAGUGACCAGUAAAGCUGUCUCGAAGAAUUUUGCUUGAUGUUUUUCUUUUCUGAGUUAUUUAGAUAUUUGUGAAAGAAAAACUGGUUUAGUUGUUUGUAGACUCUGAUGUAGGGCAUGGUUCUUGGUUAUUCCAGCCUGUUGAGCAUCGAGUAGUUUUGACAAUUCAAAAUUUUCUGGUUCAUUGUGCCAAUUUCUAUAUGGAUAAUAUCAUAAUAUUCUAGUUUGAUCGUA